AUGGACACACGAAUGCUUGGAAACCCGGCCCAUCUGCUACCCCCUUCAUGGAAGUCGAUCGUCACUGUGUGGUUGAGAGAAGAUACGCCGAGCUUCGACUAUGGCGGGUUCGUCGUAGGCGAAAGUCAUCAGGAAGCUCAGUUGUUGGGAAAAUCUCAAGGCAUCCUGGCCGGCGUACCUUUCUUUGAUGAAAUAUUUGACCAACUGGGAUGCAGUGUAGAAUGGAAGUUUAAAGAAGGUGAUCUCGUACCGGGAGGCAGGACCGUCGUGGCUAUCGUGACAGGGAAAGCAAGAUGUUUGCUGAUCGGAGAGCGAGUUGGCUUGAAUCUAUUGGCACGUUGUAGUGGGAUCGCAACCCAAUCUCAUCAAAUUCUCAAGCUAGCUCGAGAUCAAUCGUACAAAGGCUUGGUUGCAGGUACUAGGAAAACGACACCAGGUUUCAGACUGGUCGAAAAGUACGGGAUGUUGGUCGGAGGAAUCGAUCCUCAUCGAUAUGAUCUCUCAAGCAUGGUCAUGCUCAAGGACAACCACAUCUGGAGCAAAGGCUCGAUCACCGCGGCCGUCCAAGCAGCCCGCAGCGUUUGUGGAUUCAGCUUAAGAAUCGAUGUUGAGGUCAGAGAUGAGAAAGAAGCUAAGGAAGCUAUCGAGGCUGGGGCAGAUGUGAUCAUGUUGGAUAACUUCACCCCCGAAAAUGUCAAGACCUCCGCUCGAUCUUUGAAACAAACCUUCCUAGGCACCGACCGUCGAUUCCUCAUUGAGGUUUCCGGGGGCCUGACAGAGGAAAACAUCAGCUCUCAUCUCUGUCACGAUGUCGAUAUCUAUUCGACUUCAAGCGUCCACCAAGGCACACAAACCGUCGACUUCUCGUUAAAAAUCAUACCCACCAUUGAGGGCUUCACGGGUGCGAUUGUCUGA